CAAACACUGUGGGCGAAUGUUUCGUUACAAUUUGAAGUAUGCAAGGCGUUAUAGACAACGGCAUUAUGCACAGUAAAUCUUUGAAAAGUGAUGAGAAAGAUAAUUUCAAAUCGAAUGACAAAAUUGAGAAUGAAAAUGGCAUUAGAUUUGACAUUGAAGAGAAACAUGAUGAUUAUCUAAUUUAUCUGCAACAGAGAAACAGAGUGUUAAAUUGCUAUAAAGCAAAAAAUCCUGUCGAAAUAAAGCUGGAACAUCUGGAAAAAGGAUUUUCGGUAUAUCUUAAUGGAGCAAAUGCGAACUCGAAAAAGCAGCAGAGUACUCAAUAUUUACCAAGAGGUGGUUCAAAAAUUGCCAAAGUGACUCAUGGACUUCAUGUUCUUCCUGGCAGAAGGAAUCAGACUGCACCAGGGAAGAUUCAGAGGAAAGCAUGGAUUCAGAGUUCUGUAAAAAUUAAAGGUGAAGAUGGAUUGCAAGUUUAUAUCAGUCCAAACUUGAAAUAUUCAGAAGAUUUUGAAAUUGUUUCUGGUGUUGAUAUGAGCUCAGACUACACUUCAGAAAUACAAAAGAUUUCCACAGAUUCUAGUGAGAUGUCAGACGUCAAGAAGAGACUGGUUUUGGAUGGGAAUGAUGUGAAGUCAUUACGUGAGAGCCUGGAGCAAAGCAUAUAUCUACAACGUGAAGAUCAUGAAAGCUCUGAUGAUGAUGAUUCAGACUCCAUUGAAGAAGAACUCCUUGAAGAUGAAAGUCAAGAAGUUAAAAAAUGUUUAGCGAUUCAACAGGAUACCAUAUCAGGAAUUCAAGAUGUCAAAUCUCAAACGUAUCUUCCAGGGAAUUUACUUAUGCUGGAAUUUAAAGGUGUUUCCAAAAAAGACAGGAACAUAUUGUCUGCCAAAAGAAAGGAUAGUGCAGAACUUUACAUUCCUACAAAACCUGUCAUGGUAAAGAAUAAAGUUAAAGGACUCAAACCGUCAUGCUCUUUGAACCAAUCUGAAAACAAUAUAUUUGGACCAUUAAGUCGACUCGAAAGACCCCAGUCGUCAACCCGAAAAAGUAUCACAGAUAGCAAGGAUCCUGAUAUCUGUGCUUCUAAAGUUAUAAAUGCUGUUAAAAUAGAAAAUGAGGUUACAGGGAGAUAUUCCUGUAAAGCUGAAGAAAAAGGAGUGGUUUCACAAGCGAUUGAAAGAAUAAGUCAUCUGAAAUUAAGUCAACAGAAGAAAUUGUUGAAAGUCCUCAAGGACAUUGAUAGUAAAUCUGUUUCAUACAGUGAUGUAGAACAGCAGGCAACCUUCCCACCUGCAGUAAAAGAUGCGAUAUGUAUUACAGUCAAAAUAAUAUCCAACUGGGGAAAUCCUUUCAGUGUUGGUUUAACAGAAGUCCAGUUCUUUGAUGUCAGCAAUCAACAAAUAUAUGUUUCUCCUCAUGAUGUGGACAUCAGAAAUGCAGAUAAUCCUGGAGAACUUAGUUGUUUAGUAAACGGGAAAACACAGACUGUGAAAGAGUGUUCCAUGUGGAUGUGUCCAUUCCACCCUCCUGUGCAGCUUUACUUUGUUGUCAGAAACACUUCUAGGUCAUAUGAUUUUGAUGUAUGCAAGAUGAAGAUCUGGAAUUAUAACAAGACGCUCAGCGAUCUGGAUAUUGGUGCAAAGCAUGUGAAAAUAUAUAAAGACGAAGUUCUGGCAUAUGACGGAUUCUUAGAUAAAGGUUGUGGAAACCAAGUAUUUGAUUACAGCAAUACAAUUGACUUGCAAACCGGUCAAAUGAGAAGUGUCUCACCACCACCUCACAUCUCAACCAGAGAAAAAGUUGAUGUGCUUGUAGAUGAAAAUAAUCAGAACACUGAUCUUCGAAGUUUACCACAAGCUAUUUCUGCAUUUAAUUUGACUGAGCACCCUGUCGUUGAAAACUUUUGUCUGCAGAAAGACAUAACUCCUCAUCAUAACAGCUCUGAAUGUUUGACAGGGGUGCAACACUUGACUUUUCACGGUCGAGAACAAAAUUAUUAUUUGCAAGAAUGGCAUGAAGAGUUGCCAAAUGAUGUGUCAGGACAAAUCAAGGUUUACAACAAGGAAAAAUCUAACUUUAAUGAAGCAGCUGAUUUAAACAUAUUGCCUGUUACAGGCAAAAAAAUUGAUAUAUCCUUGAAUGAAUCUACAGAUCUUAACAAAAGUGAUAAUGAUGAGCUACCAUUGAAAGAACAACUGGACAAACUCAAAGGAAGAAAAGUUAAUGGGCCUAAGAAUAAAAUUCCUCCUUGGUUGGCAUCUCCUUCAAGCUUUCAACAGACAUGUAAUUCUCAAAAUACAGAAAACCAUAUUUUUUUCCCUUCAGCUCAGUUGUUUAGUAAAGAGCCUAGUCAAAAUAGAAAAAAACCUGCUGGUAAUUUUGCAGAUAAUUAUUUUGCUAGUUCUAAUUCUGGAUGUAAACGUUUACCCAAAAGUUAUAAUCAAGAAUAUUUUUCACAGGCAAGUUGUGAAAUGGUCUCUGAUGGUUUAGAAUUUUUGAGAAACCAGAGUUAUGAACGUGAAGGUCUAUUUACCAGUAGACAAAAAGCUAAGAAAGACAAACUUCUAGAACUAGGAAAAUGUGAAGAUUCGUACUUACCUUCUAAAAGUAAUCAAGGAAAUCCUAAAACACAAAGACAAAGAUGGCAUACUGAUCAAGACAAUAACUUGAUGGAAUCCUGGACUUCUUUGCUAAAAUUUAAUCAAUUUCACCGUGGUAGAAUUUCUAACUUGAAUUUUGAAGGUGAUAUUUUUGAUGAGUUUUUACUGCAACAAAAGAUUGGAAAGCUAUGUGAUACUGCCGUAAAAAAUUGUGCACAGGAUAUAUCCAAGGUAGAAGAUUCAAACACAGUGGAAACGGAAAGAGAUGACAGAAGUGAUUUUGAAAUACCAAUCUUGCCAUAUGGACAACAUCUGUGCAUUCAAGUUGCAACUACGUGGGGAGAUAGGCAUUAUGUUGGUCUUAAUGGAAUUGAAAUCUAUUCUUCUAAUGGUAAUCCUGUUCAGAUAGCGAAUAUCACAGCCGAUCCCCCAGAUAUUAAUAUAUUACCAGCAUAUGGUAAAGAUCCAAGAGUUGUAACAAAUUUAAUUGAUGGCGUAAAUAGGACUCAGGAUGACAUGCAUCUUUGGCUGACACCAUUUACUCCGGGAAAACUUCACUUUAUUUUUAUGGAUUUUUUACAACCAUGUAAAGUUGCAAUGAUUAGGAUUUGGAAUUACAAUAAGUCAAGAAUUCAUUCAUACCGUGGCAUAAAAGACAUUGAAAUCACUUUAGAUGAUUAUAAAAUCUUUAAAGGUGAAAUUGCUAAAGCUUCAGGAACACUAUCUGGAGGCAUAGAACAGUUUGGAGAUACUAUAUUGUUCACCACUGAUGAUGAGAUUCUUCAAGCAAUAUCUGUCUAUGAUGAAACAUUUGACAACAUAUUUGAGCAUACAGAUCUUGAAAUGGAUGAAGAAAAUUCUAAAAUACGACCGCAAACUGCACAUCAAGAGGAGGAAAGACCUUAUACACAAGCAGGCCAUAAUAACAAGCCACAAGAGGAAAAGCUGUCUGCCAUAUCACCCAGUCUCAACAGCAAUACAUCUGGCUUAUUCCAGGGUAAAUGCUUGCAACUUAAUUUCACAAUGACGUGGGGUGACUUACAUUACCUUGGACUUACUGGAAUUGAAGUUGUCGGUCUGGAUAGCCAGUCAGUGCCUCUUAACCUAGAGAUGAUAUCUGCUUCACCUCCAGAUCUAAGUGUGCUUCCUGAGUAUAAAGAUGAUUCAAGAACAUUAGACAAGCUCAUUGAUGGUAUCAACAUUACCAGUGAGGAUAAUCACAUGUGGCUUAUACCAUAUACUCCAGGUCAAGAUCACACGAUCACAAUCACUUUUGAAAAAGUUGAAACUAUUGCAGGUUUGCGAUUUUGGAAUUACAAUAAAUCUUCUGAAGACACCUAUAGAGGGGCGAAGAUUGUCCAUAUAACUCUUGAUGGUAGUUGCAUUUCACCAUCAGAAGGAUUCCUGAUACGCAAAGGACCUGGCAACUGUCACUUUGAUUUUGCUCAAGAGAUUCUCUUUGUUGACUAUGUGCAACAACAAACAACUGAUAAACAAACAAGUCAAUUGAAGUGUGUGGUGAAUGCAACCAUGGAUUAUGAAGCCCCUGUGAUGCCAUGUGGCUUUAUUUUUCAGUUGCAACUUUUGACAAGUUGGGGAGACCCAUACUACAUUGGAUUAAAUGGUCUUGAAAUGUACAAUGAACUGGGAGAAAAAAUCACUCUAACUCAAAAUAAUAUUGCAGCUUUUCCAGAAAGCAUAAACAUUUUAGAUGGAGUAUCUGAAGAUGUGAGAACACCUGAUAAACUCAUUGAUAAUAUAAAUGAUACAACUGAUGGCAGGCACAUGUGGCUCUCACCAAUUCUUCCUGGCUUGGUUAAUCGGGUUUACAUUGUGUUUGAUCAGCCAACUACAGUCUCCAUGAUAAAACUCUGGAAUUACGCUAAAACCCCUCAAAGAGGAGUAAAAGAAUUUGGUCUACUUGUUGAUAAUUUGCUUGUAUACAAUGGGGUUUUAAAUGGGGUAAGCCACAUAUCGCAUGGAAUUUUGCCAACAUGUGAUCCUGUGAUUCCGUACCACACCAUUGUUUUUGCAAAUAAUGGGACAAUCUCAGAGGCAGACAAAAGAUCCAUGCUGAGUAAUCAUGUUGAAGAUCAAGACGUGAGAAUGAUAAACGACAAUAAAAUAGUUGUUAAUUUCAAGAAGAAACAAUCUGCUGAUCAAGCUCUUCGACCAAAAACGUGUAUAACUGUCAAAGAAGAUGGAAGAAGAAGAUACUAAGGCUUUCUGACAACUUAAGCCAUAAUAAAAUAUUUAUUUUUCAGGUCAACGCAUAAGUAUUUUUCAUUAGUAUUUUGUAAAAAAAAUAAAAAAAAUUUUUAAAAAUAAAAAAAUCACUUUAAAACUUCCCCGACUCUUUCUAUAUGCUCUGUCCCUAAAUCUUCAAAAUUCUACCUACUGUUACUGUUACCAUUUAUUCUGAAAUCCUGCUAUUUACCUGCUGGUCAUAAUAUAUUUUUCUAUUCCAAGCUUCUAAUUCAUCAUGUGUACACUGUUUGUCUUGUUUUUUUCUUUCUAAUUCUCUUUAACCUUUUUGUUGCAUCUUUACAACAAGAGCAUAUUAGCAUUUACAUGUAAUGACAAUGCAUAUAUCACCCGAUGG